AAAUUGUAUUAAAAUUUCUUGGCGCAAAAAAUUCACUGUCAGGGACCGUCAAAUUUUAAAAUAUGUAAUUAAAAAUUUACGCACUGUAAAAUCGAAUCAAGGAAACUUUCAGACUGAUUAUAGUAGUAUUUUUAUUAAAAAUUAAAUUAAGAUAAGGAGGGAAAAUGGAUAUUAAACGAUGUACGAUGGCAGGGCAAAAAUGUCGCGCGCGCGCCGCAGAAGGAGCGCUUCAAUUACACGACACCGGCAAAGCGAUGGAGACCAAGCCUAACUUAACCUUAGAGCCAUCUUGGGAAGAAAUUACCGAUUAUUACAAUUCCGAUGGGAAACAUUUGGAAAUAAAGGAACUCUUCGAAGACGAUCCUAAACGGUUUGAAAAAUUCAGCUUGAAACUUUCCACACCUGAAGAUGGAGAGAUCCUAUUUGAUUACUCGAAAAAUCGUAUCAACCAAAAAGCCCUGGGGUUCCUUUUUCGACUUGCUAGAGUUCGUAAAGUGGAGCUGGCCCGAGAUGACAUGUUCAGUGGUAAAAAAAUUAACUUUACUGAGGACAGGGCUGUGUUGCAUAUAGCACUUCGUAAUAGAUCUAACACACCCAUUAUUGUUGAUGGAAAAGAUGUAAUGCCUGAGGUGAAUGCUGUUUUGGAACAUAUGAAACAAUUUACUAACUCAAUAUUGAGUGGACAGUGGAGAGGAUUUUCUGGAAAGCAAAUAACUGAUGUUGUAAAUAUUGGUAUUGGAGGCUCAGAUUUGGGUCCACUAAUGGUAACCGAAGCUCUAAAGCCCUACAAUAAGGGUUUAAGACUCCAUUUUGUUUCAAACAUUGACGGAACUCACUUGGCUGAAACUUUAAGAAAAAUUGAUCCUGAAACAGUAUUGUUUAUUAUUGCUUCAAAAACAUUCACUACUCAAGAAACCAUAACCAACGCAACGUCUGCCAAAGAUUGGUUCCUAGGCUAUGCUAAAGAUCCUGCAGCUGUUGCAAAACAUUUUGUAGCUCUCAGCACUAAUGAACCCAAAGUUAAAGAGUUUGGUAUUGAUCCAGCCAACAUGUUCGGUUUUUGGGAUUGGGUCGGAGGAAGAUAUUCUCUAUGGUCUGCUAUUGGUCUCAGCAUUUGUCUCUCUAUUGGUUUUGAGAACUUUAAUCAGCUUUUGGAAGGUGCUCACUUCCUUGAUAAGCAUUUUCAGACAGCCCCAAUUGAUAAAAAUAUUCCAGUAAUAUUGGCACUGUUAGGUGUUUGGUACAGCAACUUCGGUGGUGCUGAGACACAUGCCCUUUUACCCUAUGAUCAGUACCUCCACAGGUUUGCUGCCUAUUUCCAACAAGGUGACAUGGAAAGUAAUGGAAAAUAUGUGACUAAAAAUGGCGAGAUUGUUGAUUAUUAUACAGGUCCAAUUGUAUGGGGUGAACCUGGUACAAAUGGGCAGCAUGCUUUCUAUCAGUUGAUUCAUCAGGGUACUAGAAUUAUUCCAUGUGAUUUUAUUAUACCUGCUCAAACACACAAUCCUAUAAGCAAUGGACUACAUCAUAAAAUUCUGUUGGCUAAUUUCUUCGCUCAAACCGAAGCUCUAGCCUUUGGAAAAAGUACAGAGCAAGCCAAAGCUGAAUUAAAAAAACAGGGUCUAAAAGGAGAAGAUUUGGAAAAAAUUUUGCCCCAUAAAGUAUUUCAAGGAAACCGACCAACAAACAGUAUCAUUGUAAAGAAAAUAACACCAUUUAUUUUAGGUGCUUUGAUUGCUACAUAUGAACACAAAAUAUUUACUCAAGGUGUGAUUUGGGACAUAAAUUCUUUUGAUCAGUGGGGUGUGGAAUUAGGCAAGCAACUAGCCAAGGUCAUUGAACCCGAACUUCAAGAUAAUAACCCUGUUUCAACUCACGAUACUUCUACUAAUGGGCUGAUCAAUUUUUUCAAGUCCAUUCGUUAAAAUGUAUUUAAAACCCUCCCCUGUAAUGUCGUUCAUUGUACGUCUACUCUUGCAGCUUACAUACAUUAAAAAGUAACUGCAUUUUUCUUGACAAUAACUAUUUAGUGUAUGAUAGUCGCAAUGCAAGUAGACUUCCCGGUAAAGUCCCCAAAAUGUGGUAUGGUAGAACAUUAAAAGUGGCGCUACAUAGAAAUAAAAGGCACUUCAAAACUCAGAAAACUUUAAUUAUACAGAUUUUUAUUCACUUUAUAUACUAUUGUUUUCAGAUCGAUGUAUAAUGUAAUUAUGUUGUUAUUUUGUAAUUCAAAUAAAUGCUGUUUAAAAUGUGA